GUUGCGGGAAGGGGGGCUCGCUGCAGAGCCCACCCAGCCCAUUGGCUUGCGAGCCGUGACAGGCAGGCAGCUCCCUCCCCGCCAGCGCUGCCUGUGUGGAUGUGAGCAAUGUGCGCAAAGUGCCUUCGCAUUAGCCCCGUUGAGUGCCGUAGCGCCGGGCGCUCGCUCGCAGAGGUGCUGGCACAACCGAGGUGGCCCUGUCCCGUGCCUGGUGGCACUGCCGGACCAUGGCAUGGGCACAGGGGGACCUGACGUCCUCACUCUCCAUCGUCAUCGCUUUGGCUGCCUGCCUCUCCGCCACCACCAGCGAAGUGAACUUGCUAGACACAUCAACAAUCCCGGGGGACUGGGGCUGGAUGACUUAUCCCUCGCAUGGGUGGGAUUCGAUCAAUGAAAUGGAUGAGUUUUUUAGCCCCAUCCACACCUACCAGGUCUGCAAUGUCAUGACCCCCAACCAGAACAACUGGCUACGGACCAACUGGGUUCAACGGGACGGAGCGCGGCGGGUCUAUGCAGAGAUUAAAUUCACACUGCGGGACUGUAACAGCAUGCCGGGCGUGCUGGGCACCUGCAAGGAGACCUUCAACCUCUACUACCUGGAGUCCGACCGGGACUUGGGUACCAGCACCCGCGAGAGCCAGUUCAUGAAGAUCGACACCAUCGCAGCCGAUGAGAGCUUCACCAACGUGGACCUGGGGGUGAGGCGCCUGAAGUUGAACACGGAGGUGCGGGGCGUGGGGCCACUGAGCAAGAGGGGUUUCUACUUGGCAUUCCAGGACAUAGGCGCUUGCAUCGCCAUCGUUUCAGUGCGGGUGUACUACAAGAAGUGCCCGGCAACAGUGAGGAACUUGGCGUCCUUCUCCGAGGCUGUGACUGGGGCGGACUCGUCCUCCUUGGUGGAAGUGCGGGGAGAGUGUGUGGGCCAUUCGGAGGAGAGGGACACCCCCAAAAUGUACUGCAGCGCCGAGGGAGAAUGGUUGGUGCCCAUUGGGAAGUGCGUCUGCAGCGCUGGCUAUGAGGAGCAGAGGGAUUCCUGCAUGGCCUGCCAGCUGGGGUUCUACAAGUCAUCCCCCGGGGACCAGCUCUGUGCCAAGUGCCCCUUGCACAGCCACUCGGAGAGCCGGGCCGCCCGCGUGUGCCGCUGCGACAGCAGCUUCUACCGGGCCCUGCAGGACCCCCCCUCGGCUGCCUGCACACGCCCCCCCUCUGCUCCCGUGAACCUGAUCUCCAGCGUCAACGGCACCUCGGUGACACUGGAGUGGGGGCCCCCCCUGGACAAGGGGGGCCGCGCUGACAUCGUGUACAACGUGGUCUGCAGGCGCUGCACGGGCCAUGCCGGGCAGUGCGAGGCGUGCGGCAGCGGGAUCCGCUUCGUGCCCCAGCAGAUGAGCCUGGUGAAGGGCGCGCUGACCGUGACCAACCUCCUGGCCCACACCAACUACUCCUUUUGGGUGGAGGCCGUCAACGGCGUCUCUGACCUCAGCCUGGAGUCCAGGAGAGCUGCAGUUGCCAACAUCACGACAAACCAGGCAGCCCCAUCCCAGGUCAUGGUGGUCCACCAGGAGAGCACAGGCCAGAACAGCGUCACGCUGCUGUGGCAAGAGCCAGACCAGCCCAACGGCAUCAUCCUGGAGUAUGAGAUCAAGUACUAUGAGAAGGACAAGGAAAUGCAGAGCUACUCGACUCUGAAAUCCAAGGGUACCACUGCCACCAUCUCUGGGCUCAAGCCUGCAACCCGCUACAUCUUCCAGGUUCGGGCUCGCACAUCCGCGGGCUGCGGGAGGUUCAGCCAGACCGUGGAGGUGGAGACGGGGAAGCCAGUUUCUCUCCGGUACGACACGAUGACAAUUGUCUGGAUCUGCCUCACGCUCAUCACUGGCCUUGUCGCAUUGCUGGUGGUCUUAAUCUGCAAGAAGAGGCACUGCGGGUACAGCAAGGCUUUCCAGGACUCCGAUGAGGAGAAGAUGCAUUAUCAGAAUGGGCAAGUGAAGUUCCCCGAGUCCAAGUUCUAUGUGGACCCUCACACGUAUGAGGACCCCUGCCAAGCUGUGCAUGAGCUCACCCGUGAAAUUGAGGCCUCCCGGAUCAAGAUCGAGAAGGUCAUUGGGUCUGGGGAGUCUGGAGAGGUGUGCUAUGGCCGCCUGAAGCUGCCAGGGAAGAGGGAGAUUCCUGUGGCCAUCAAGGCGCUGAAAGCCGGCUACACGGAGAAGCAGAGACGGGACUUCCUGAGCGAGGCCAGCAUCAUGGCACAGUUUGACCACCCCAACAUCAUCCACCUGGAGGGGGUGGUGACCAGGAGCAAAUUGGUAAUGAUUGUUACAGAGUACAUGGAGAAUGGCUCGCUAGACACCUUCCUCAGGAAACACGAUGGGCAGUUCACCAUCAUCCAGCUGGUGGGCAUGCUGCGUGGCAUCGGAGCGGGCAUGAGGUACCUGUCUGACCUGGGCUACGUGCACCGGGACCUGGCUGCCCGCAACAUCCUGGUGAACAGCAACCUGGUCUGCAAAGUGUCUGACUUUGGGCUCUCUCGCAUCCUGGAGGAUGACCCCGAUGCUGCCUACACCACCACGGGGGGGAAGAUCCCCAUUCGCUGGACGGCUCCGGAGGCCAUCGCAUUCCGCAAGUUCUCCUCGGCCAGCGACGUGUGGAGCUACGGCAUCGUCAUGUGGGAGGUGCUGGCCUACGGCGAGCGCCCGUACUGGAACAUGACCAACCGGGAUGUCAUUAACUCCGUGGAGGAAGGCUACCGCCUGCCUGCCCCCAUGGGCUGCCCCACGACCCUGCACCAGCUUAUGCUGGAUUGCUGGCAGAAGGACUGCAGCGAGAGGCCACGCUUCUCCCAGAUCGUUGGCAUCCUGGACAAGCUGAUCCGCAACCCGGACAACUUGAAGUGCACGGCCACCGUGAACCGGUUCACCCAAACACCCUUUGACAGGGGCCUCCUGGACCUGGCCACCUGCCUGACUGUGGAGGACUGGCUGGACUCCAUCCGACUGGGGCACUACCGGGACAACUUUGCCAUGGCAGGGUACUCCUCCCUGGGCAUGGUGAUGCGCAUGAACAUCGAGGACAUUCGGAGUCUGGGCAUCACCAUGAUGGGCCACCAGAAGAAGAUCUUGAGCAGCAUCCAGGCCAUGAGAUCCCAGCUGCUGAACACAAACGGCCCCAGGAGGCAUCUCUGAUCACCAGAUUUGCAGACCUGCAAUGGGCAUUCCUUAACACUUACCCUGGCAAAGGGGCAGCAGGGUGGUGAGCAGGAAAAGGGGCACCAGAUCAGGACCUGGAACCCCACCAGCAUCUCUUCGAUUUCAGCAUCAGUGGAAAUGUGCUUUCCAGAUACCUCGAUGGUCCUGCUGCCUCCUUCCCCCAUCUGAAGGGGGGAGCAGACUUCCAAGCAG